UGUAAACAUACAUGUGCUCGUUAUUCCGAUCUCUCUGAGAAUUCAGUCUUAUUGAUAUAUCUAUCAAAAUGUGUGAAGUGACGAAAAACAAUUUAGAAAAUUAUCUACCUCUUAUAGAAAAGUCUGCAAAACAAGCAGAUUUCAUUGCUAUAGACACAGAAUUCACAGGCUUGACAGUGAAUGACAGCAUGAAAUACAGCUUGUUUGACAGUGGAGAAGACAGAUACAAGAAGCUGAGAUGUAGCAUCUCCCAGUUCACUGUGUGUCAGAUAGGUGUGUCAGCCUUUGUGAAGCAGGGCACAGAGAACAGGUACUCUGUUCGCACGUUUAACUUCCAUCUGUUUCCUCGAUCCUUCGGACCUCAUGAUCCUCGCUUCCUGAUCCAAUCAUCAUCUGUUGAAUUCUUAUGCCGUUACAACUUUGACUUUCAAGAGCUGAUGUACAAGGGUAUAUCGUUCCUGAAUGGCCCUCAAGAGGACAUGAUCAGAGAACAUCUCAGCAAGAAGUUGCUGUUCCAGGGGCUCAAUAGGGAAGUGGAUGAGAGAGUUCUACAACAACUCUGUUCACAAGUGGCGGAGAAGUUUGUCACAGCGAAGAAGGGAGACACGUUCAUAGUCCAGAAAACUGAAGAGGUCCAGACGAUCAGUGACUAUGUUCUACACAACGAGAUCCGAAACCGCUUCCCAUCAGUGUGGACAUCCACCGACCACAUGGGAAAUUUUGUGGUGGAGGUGGUCACGUCAGAGAAGCGGCGCCAUCUGGAAGAGGACAGCCAGGAGAGUCGAGAACAGCAGCAAUUAUUAAACACACUUCUUGGAUUUACCCGAGUCUUCAGGAUUUUGACUGAAUGCAAAAAGCCUCUGAUCGGACACAACAUGUUGAUGGACCUGAUGUUCUUGUAUGACAAGUUCUUCCAGCCCUUACCACGCAAAUAUCAAGAUUUCAAGAACAGCUUACAUCAGCUCUUUCCUAUCAUCUACGACACUAAACACAUGGCCUUCUCUUUGAGAAAGGAAUUGGAAGACAAAACAUUGGUGGAAUCAACCUCCCUGCAAAGUCUGUACUCAUCAUUGGACAGCAUCCAGGGCAAGCAAAGGGUUCUCUUCUCUCCUGAUAUACAACAUGGCGCUGGAUACGACCGAUAUCGUAAGUGGACUUCUCACCUUGUCCAAUGUGGAUAUGUGUUCCUGAGGUUAGCACACAUUAUAACUCUGAAAGAUGUCAGAUCUACUGAGGCAGAGCCAUGUUCUUUCAUGCAGUACAGCCUUGCCUUGAAGAGUAACCUCAACAGUGUCAACAUGAUCCGGGCUGCCCAGUCACAUAUUAGACUUGAUGCUGCUGAUCCUCCGUCCAGGAAACCCGAGCUGCUGUAUGUCAAGUCUCGAAGGAUUGGCCACAGCCUUAGUGCAGAGCAGCUGGCACAGUGGUUUUCACCGUACGGUUCUGUAGACGUGAGGUUGAUGAGUGCACAGCGUGGGCUGGUUGCCACGGGAAACUACAGGUGUGCUAAGGACAUCCUGGAGAAUUUCAAAAAGCAUGACCAGAUCCGAGUGUGUUACUACAGUGUUUGGAGACAUUCCCCGGUAGUCAGAAGAGCAUUAUGGACCAGUGUUGUGGUGUCAGGGGGCAUCUGCUUGUGGGUGCUCUACUCCAGCAGCAGGAAGACCUGAUGAAGGAACAUCAGUGACAAGGAUGAUAGUAUUGCAGAAAAGGAAGAAGCUGUGCAACUCUGCCCUGAAUGGAAUGGCCAUCGACUGAUUGAAUAGUUGUUUGAUUGUAGGACUACCUAAUAUUUCAUCUUUAAACCCUGGGUUGAUGCAAUAUUAAAUUGAAGUUUCCAGAAA